AUGAUAUCGGGACGGGUGCUGUAUAGACCGGCUGGUCGGCGUGGGGUCGGUCCGCUACCACUAGCUGCCACAACUUAUGCUCUUAGGCGCCGCUCGCCCUCGAUCACGGCGCUCGGCCAGCCAAGGCGUCUGAUUCGGAGAUGGGAGAGCACAUCAGGAGCUGUAGGAAGUGAUAACUCGGGUCAUAUCGACACCCAGCCCAACGAGUCAAUCCUCUUCUUUGACAAUAUCUUCCCCCUCAAGCUCAGCUCGGUGUUGCUCUGGAGAGCUUGGGAGACGAAUGAACUACUCAGGCGAUUCAACAGCGCAUCCUUAAGUUUCCUCGACCCCAUUGGCCUCGUCAAGCGGGCAAUCCCCGAAAGCGCCCCUAUUAAGGUUACCGAAAUCAUCCCCCGGCUCAAAGAAGGCGGGGCCUACGUCAAGUUUACCUAUCCUGAUAGCAUAUCACCCGCAGACAUAGAAGAUCAACUCGUUAAAUACCACGAGAAAACACCCAUCAAACCGUGGUUCAACCCCUUUCGUACUAUCAAGUCGCGCCUUGUUCUCGGCCGGCCAUGGUUAGAGGACCUGUACCGCCUUCCGAAGAGCCGUCUCAAGAUCGAGUUUGUGCCCGCCAAAAACUCCGAACCGCCAACCGAGUUGUCACAGGAGUCCCUGUACAGUCUGUUUCGCCGAUAUGGGAAGAUAUCUGACAUAACCUCUCAAGCCCCGGACUCCAAGGUCCUGCCCAAGUUUGCCUAUGUUGACUUCGUCUUGGUUCGGGACGCCAUUCUAGCCCGCAACUGCAUCCAUGGGUUUGUCCUUCAAGAAGAAGGGAGCAAGAGCCUAACCCGCCUGCGCUUGUCGUACGAACAAAGAGUAAAGGCCCAUCACAUCUGGAAUUGGGUCACCGGCCACCCGCGGAUUGUCAUCCCCGUAAUUGCUGCCUUUUUGGCUGCCUUUACCGUUGCCGUUUUCGACCCGAUCCGCGAGUUUUUUGUUAAGCGGCAAACCUCUGACAUCCUGGCCUUCCGCAAACGGGGAGACGAUGACGCCGGCCUAAGUGCCUUAUUUACCCACCGGAAAGACCUGAUCGACUCGAUACAAAAUAACUUACUCGAGACCGUUGGUACAUUCAUCGUGGUUCAAGGCCCGCGUGGUUCUGGCGGGCGGGAACUUGUUAUGGACCAAGUACUCGAGGGGCGCCGCGACGUGCUGGUGGUAGACUGCAGACAGGUGGUAGAAGCUCGCGGCGAGGCGGGAACAAUAAGGAAGCUGGCUAACCAGGUUGGCUAUCGUCCCGUCUUCUCCUGGGCCAACAACCUCAGCAGCAUGGUCGACUUAGCCAUUCAGAGCACUACAGGAGUCAAGGCCGGGUUCUCGGAGAACCUCGAAUCCCAAGUCACCAAGAUCCUUCAGACCACCGCCGAGGCCCUCAAGGAUGUUUCGCUCGCUCGCAGGAAGCGCGAUAAGGACGCGAAUCUCACAGACGAUGCCUAUUUGGAGGCACACCCCGAGAGGCGGCCCGUCAUCGUGAUAGACAACUUCCUACACAAGAGCGAGGAGAAGGGCAUCGUCUACGACAAAAUCUCGGACUGGGCUUCGGCUCUCGUACAAGCGAACAUCGCCCACGUCAUCUUUCUGACUACCGAUACAUCAUAUUCCAAGCCGCUUUCGAAGGCACUUCCGGAUCGUGUUUUCCACCAGAUCACCCUGGGCGACCUAACCCCCGAAGUAGCAAAGCACUUCGUAGUGUCACAGCUCGAAACAGACGAAGAUGCCGACGAGAAAAAGAACGGCGCGUCUCCCGCCAUUAGCGAGAGGAAACUUCGGAGGGACCUCCAGGAACUAGACGAGUGUAUCGAUGCCUUAGGCGGCCGCCUAACUGACCUACAAGUCCUGGCCCGCAGACUUAAGGUUGGCCAGAGCCCGAAGAAGGCCGUCUCAGACAUCAUCGACCAGAGCGCGUCCGAGAUCUUGCGCAUGUUUCUCCUCACCAACAAGGGUGCCGGCUCCGGCGACAAGAAGUGGUCAACUGAGCAGGCCUGGUACCUGAUCAAGCAAAUCGCCUCCAAGGAAAGCCUACGCUACAACGAAGUUCUGCUCUCCGACACCUUUGCCUCGUCCACCACUGCUGACGCCAGCAACGCCGAGGCUGCCCUCGAGAGCCUCGCUAAUGCCGAGCUGGUCACCAUCAAGUCACACCACGGCCGCCCCGCCACCAUCCGCGCCGGCAAGCCUGUCUACCAGGCAGCGUUUAACAGGCUGCUGGACGACGCCGUGGUCAAUGCACGGAUGGACCUAGCUGUGCUAACUGAGCUAGCCAAAAUUGAGGCCAAGAAAAUCGACAAGGCCGAGGGAGAGCUCAGCGUGCUUGGAAGUCUGCCUUCGCAACCAUACCAGACUGCCGACCGGGUUAACUACCUCUUGGCGAAGCUGCAGGGAAGCCAGGAGAAGAUCGUGGCGUAUGAGAAGGAGAUGGCUGGCUUGAAAAAGGUGCUGUCCGAGGAGGCUUGA